CUGCAACAUUUCAGUUGUCUCCAAAUUACCGUCUGUCGCCUGUCGCUGCUGCCCUGCCGUCCCGUCCCUAUCGCUAAUCGUAAUCGCUAAUCGCCAAUCGUAGUCGCAGUCGGUCUUCAAUAUGUCUUUUGGGAACAUUGGGAACACAUCGGACUUGGAGUGCGAAAAGAAUGAGUAUCCGCGGCAGCGUCCUACGGGCAUCGUCACCAAGCUGGCCGCCCACAAGCUCUCCUCGGAGCCAAAAUGGACCGACAAGCGGGAGGAUGAUUCGGACUCUGAGGUCUCAUCGCCAGAUAAUUUUCUGACCAAAGGCGCCUUCCUACUGACACCCUCCUAUGAACUAUCCAUGGAACGGGCUGCUCUCAUCUGUGAGAAGAUGAGCUUCAAGGGAUGCUUCAGCCUGACGAAAACCGCUACAGGAAUUCUAUUUAAAUUCUCACAUCCAGAUGACUACCAGGCGGUGUUCAAGAAGGGCUUCCACAAGGUCACCGGAGCGCGCUUCUAUCGCAAGCAAUCGUUCUCGCGCAGCAUUGCCAUACCAUGUCGGCCGCGCAAGACCUUCACGCUCUAUGUACUGGAUGUGCCGGAGGAUCUGCCCGUCGAGGAUGUCCGUCAUGCCAUGUACAAGUUCGAUUCGGUGGUCGAGGUGGUGCGCCUGCACAUCUACUCGAGCCCAUCCAGCAGCAGCAGCAGCAGCAAUGUCAACUCCAAUGCCUCCUCGUCCGCCGCAGCCGCAGCCGCCGCUGCCGCCAGUGCGGAGAAGGGUGCGGAAGGUGAGCAGACACUACGCAGAGCUGCUGCCCUCCGAAGCGGCUCGAAGAUACUUGGCAGCCUGAGCGGCUCCGUUGUGGGCGAUGCGAUCGAUAAGGCCGAGCGCCCAGAGCGCCGAGAGCUACCGCCGGCCGUCAUACGGAUCACACUGGCCUCGAUGGACGAAUACAAUAUCCUGCUGCAGAAUGGCCUCAACUUCUACGAUGCCACGUUCUUUCCCACUGAGGCCAAUAUCUCACUGAAGGGCGCCAGGAUUGACUACAAGCGGAGAAUGCUCGAUGGCUCGAUACCGGGGCGUGUGCGCGAACUGUUGCCCGUAUUCGAUGCGGCUGGCUUCUGCAAAUUGCCUCCACCCACCAGUAAGCUAAUUAAGCCACCGAGGUCAUGAAUCGAUACGAUCCCCAGCGAUGCCAAUACCAAUACC